AUGUCAUUUCUUCUUCUUCUUCUUCUUCUUCUUCUUCUAUCUGCAAAACCAAAAAUUUUCCCUCAUUUUAUCUCUGAAUACUACACUCACAUCAAAAAAUGUAAGUCUCAUCUACAGGCGACACGUUUGUUAACGUUUACCGGAAGAGCACCUCCGUUCACCGGAAGUGGUGGACGUGAUGCUAAGAGGAGACGAGGGGGCUGCAUGGCGGUCAGGACGGCUAAUGUUGGCGGAAAAUUCUGUCUAUCUAUCUAUCUAUCUAUCUAUCUAUCUAUCUAUCUAUAUAGCCUGUUUCUUUCUUUCUUUCUUUCUUUCUUUCUUUCUUUCUUUCUUCGUUUCACGUGUUCUUCGCUCCUUCCCUUAAUUUUAAACUAUAUUUCUUUGCAUUUUUAUACACGCUCUUUUUUUCUUCUUUGCAAUUUCUUCUUCUCUCGUUACAUUUAUUUCUUUUCUUCUUCACUCGUUUCACUAUUUAUCCUUGUUUUUAAUCUCGGUUUAGUUUUUUCUCUCUUCUUUUCAGUCUUGAUGCCUCGACCUUUUUUCCUUUCUUUCUCGUGUCUUUUUCUCCUUUACUUUCACGUCACUAUUUCUUUUCUCAUUGUUUUAUGA